AUGUCUGCGCCGCCGCCGGCGCCGAACGGCUCCGCCGCGUCUGCCGCGGUCGCUUGCUCUCUGCCUCCUCUGCUUCCCCCCAGUUACCCGUUCAGCUCGUUUUCUUCGCCGUCGCUGGCGCUCUCCGCGCAAGCGCGGGCGCUGCUUCCUCUGCUUUCGUCGUCUCUCCCUGCGUCUGGGACUUCCCUGCAGAAAAAGCCGCGAAAAAAGCGGAGACUCUGCGACUUUGUGACUCACGCGUCGGCCGCUUCCUCUCAGGCCUCUCCUCUUAUUCCGCAGGUACCCUCGGGGGGGCACUUGCCCCCCGCGUCUGCGCUGACCGUCACAGACAAUCGCUUCCAGUUUUCUUUUGAGCCGUCCCUGGAGCAGCAGAAGCAAGAGGAAGUGCGCCUUCUCAAUGAACAAGGCAUCGCGCGGGCAGACUGCGUCAGCGGCAGACAAUGGGGGAGACACACAGUUGUCUGCAGACACUGGUGGAAAGGCAUGUGCAUGAAGGGCGAGUUCUGCGACUUCCUUCACCAGCUGAUUUACCACCGCAUGCCCGCGUGCCGGAACCAGCUUUGCUGCCCAGAUACCAGGCGAGGCUGUUGCCCGUUUCGCCACGAAGAGGCGGCGCCCGCGUCGGCGGCUGGGGGGCCAAAGGGCCCUCCUGGGGCUCCAGCGUCGGCCGCGGUCGGCGACGGGGCGAGUGCGCUUGCGCGCAGCCAGCACGAGGCAGAUGACGGCGGCAAGUUGGGCGCCGCCCAGUCUGCGUUUGCGCCCUCGCUUCCGGACUUCACCUCCACCGACUACGUGUCGGGAGGGGCUACAGGGGCGAUUCAUCAGCAAGAGUGCGUGAACUACUUCCUCGGAUUCUGCAAGCUGGGCCCCAAGUGCCGCCGAAAGCACACCGCGCGGAACCGAAGAGACAUUCCGCCGAUCCUCCCGUCUUGGUUCCUCGAGCAAAUCCUCGCGAACCCCCAAGUGUUUCCGACGGAGUUGGAUCCAGAGAGUCAGGAACAGCUGAGCCAGGUGAUUGCGCAGUGCCGGCAGCUCUCGCAGGCGGCGCGCGCGGCGGUGUCGGGCGCGUCGGGCGCCUCUCACGCUGGCCAUGGGGGGGCAUUCGCGUCGUCUCUGGGGCGGGGGUCGAGUGUCUCGCGUUCAGCCGGGGUCGGCGACGGCGCCGGCGGCUCGCGCAGCGAAAGCCAGCCGAGUGAGGGCCCCACCAGCGCCUUCCGUGCCUUGGCGUUCGCCUCUUCGACGCACGGGGCUGGGGGGGGGGGCCUGGGGCGAGUGCUGGCGGCGCAGCGAGACGAGCAUGGCGCGCCGCUCGCGUCCGGUUUGUCGUCCUCGUCAUGCGCACUUUUGGCGCCCUCCACGACGUGCGCUGUGCCGCUGCUCGUCGACCCGCUGGGGCAGCCUGCGUCGCCGCAGAGCACCAAGCGCUUCUUCAUCAUCAAAAGCAAUCGGAUGAGCAACAUCUACACCUCCAUCCAGCAUGGCGUCUGGGCGACCAGCAAAGGCAACACGCGGAAGCUCAUUAACGCCUUCAACUCCACCGACCACAUCCUGCUGCUCUUCUCCGCGAACGAAAGCGGCGGAUUUCAGGGCUUCGGGCGCAUGAUGAGCUUGCCCGACCCUCAGCUCUUCCCCGGCAUCUGGGGGCCUGUGCAGCUCAGACUGGGGGGCAACUUCCGCGUGAUGUGGCUCAAGCAGUGCAAAGUGGAGUUCGAGGAACUCGGCAAAGUUACCAAUCCGUGGAAUGACGACUUGCCACUGCGAAAAAGCAGAGACGGCACGGAAGUACCGCCCGCCCUGGGAUCUCUGCUGUGCACCGCGAUGGCUCAGAGGGCGUCGGAGGACUUGCUAGCGGGCACAGGAAUUGACCAGACGAUGCGCAUCGACCACACAACGUUUUUCGCGAUGCUGCUUCAAAACAAGCUUCUUCCCCUUCCGCCUUCUCGCAGCAUCCAGGGGACUCUGCAGCCCACAGCCCCUAUAGAGCUGCGCGAUCGAACCUUCGCGGCGUCUCAGGCGCCAGUGUUCGCGAGCACGGCAGGGGGGGGGACGGCUGGAGGAGAGGGCGGCGCCGCGUUCGGCGCGCAGCAACGAUAG